AUGACCACAACUACUACCCGGACCCUGACCAGCAAGCAGAUCGAUUCAGUGGGCAGCCUGCUGAAGGACGACAGGCAGCCGAUGGGCGCCCGGUUUCGGGCGCUGUUUACGUUGAAGAAUGUCGCCGGCAAGGCGGCGAUUGACCACAUCUGCGAGGCCCUAGUCAAGGACGAGUCUGCCCUGCUGAAGCACGAGUGCGCCUACUGUCUGGGGCAGAUGCAGGACAGCCAUGCGAUUGCCACGCUGGAAACGGUGCUUGCCAACACCAGCGAACAUCCGAUGGUGCGACAUGAAGCCGGAGAGGCACUGGGCGCCAUCGGCACUGACCAGUGUUUGAAUAUCCUACUGAAAUUCCAAAAUGACCCGUGCAAAGACGUGGCAGAGACGGUGGUCCUCGCGGUGAACCGAAUCAAUCACCUUAAGGGAAAUGCAAACGGCGGCGACGGUCGUGAAUCGUCUAUCUACAGCUCGGUGGAUCCUGCUCCGCCGCUUGAAGAGAAGGAGGUCGAUUCUGUGGAGAUUGAAAAGCUUGGCCAGAUUCUGGUGGACGAGAAGGAGUCGCUGUUCAAGCGAUACCAGGCCAUGUUCACCCUUCGCAAUAUCAACUCUGACGAGUCGGCCAUGGCACUGGCCAACGGUCUCGACUGCCCCGACUCGGCCCUCUUUCGCCACGAGAUUGCCUUCGUCCUCGGUCAGAUGCAGAAGCCCGUCACCACGGACAAGCUGGCGGAGGUGCUGGCGCAGAAGACGGAGAAUGAAAUGGUGCGACACGAGUGCGCCGAAGCGCUGGGCGCCAUCGCCACCGAUAAGGCCAAUAACAUCCUCAAGGACUAUCUCUCCGACGAGGCGCGAGUGGUACGUGAGUCGGCCAUCGUCGCCCUCGACGUCUCCGAUUACAACAACAGCGAGCAGUUUCAGCUGCUAGAGUGA